AUAGAAACAAAUUAAUUAUUGCCGUUGCGGAAUAAACAAAAAUCAAAAUGCUAUGAAAGUUUGCUCAACUGGGAGAUGCCCAUGUAUUAAGAAUGGGAAAAUGUGUUCUUUGAAGUGUAAAUGCAAUAAAACUGAAAAAUGCGAAAACAAAAACACCAAUUCGACCAUGUAUGGUACCAAUAAAUCAAUAGGGAAUCAACUCAAAAAAACAAAAGAAAACCAAACAAAAGGAAAAAGGACAAUAUUUUCAAAGUCUAAAUUCACUUACUCCAGUUCGGGCACAUUCAUGCGAUUACAGGGGGAAACCAUGCCAUCUGGCAAGUGUGAUCUAUUCAACCUGCUUGUAAUAUAC